AUUGGAUGUCAGAGGACAGUAAACACGUGUUGAUCCAGAUCUUAUGGGACAACCUCAAGCUGCACCGGGAUCUCAUCCAGCCGUUCUACAUCCUGUGGAACACGCAGAGGCUUAAUUGUGCUCUGUUGUUAGACAGUGUGGGCUACCCGUUGUGUCGCCCUGUGUGCGAGGCGGAGCGUCCGUUUGGGGAGGAGCUACUCCACAGCGUGAUCAAGAGCAUCCAGAGGAACGAUGUUUCUCGACCAAUGGGACAGCUCCUACAGCUGCUCGGGCAGAGCCUGGGGGUCAAGAGGCAAAGGAGUCUGUACAGAGACAUCCUCUUCCUGUGUCUGGUGGCUCUGGGAAAGGACAACAUUGACAUCGACGCUUUUGACCGCGAAUACAAGAUGGCGUACGACCACCUCAGCCCCAACCUGGUGAAGCUGACGCACAACUGCGACCGUCCGCCCAGCGCUGGGGUCAUGGAGUGUCGCAAGACCUUCGGAGAACCCUACCUCUGACCUCUGACCCCUUUACCCCUGACGUUUCACCUCCGACAGACACUCCACCCGGCCAGUCACCUCCGUCACCCGGCCAGUCACCUCCGUCACUCGGCCAGUCACCUCCUCCACCCGGCCAGACACCUCCUCCACCCGGCCAGCCAGUCACCUCCGUCACUCGGCCAGCCAGUCACCUCCGUCACUCGGCCAGCCAGUCACCUCCGUCACUCGGCCAGUCACCUCCUCCACCCGGCCAGCCAGUCAUCUCCGUCACUCGGCCAGUCACCUCCUCCACCCGGCCACCCAGGCCACUCCGUCACUCGGCCAGCCAGUCACCUCCGUCACUCAGCCAGUCACCUCCGUCACUCGGCCAGUCACCUCCUCCACCCGGCCAGCCAGUCACCUCCGUCACUCGGCAUAGCACAGCCGUGGGUAGCCCACAUGGGUAGGGUUGAAGAGAUCUUUUGCGUCCAUGAAAAGCACAUGUAUAAAAUCCAUGUAUUACAACGGUGGCUCUCCCAAAGAGGACUGAGGAGCUUUAAAGACGAGCUCAGGAAUCCACUUUAGAAAGACGUACAGAAUGCGUGACGAUGAGCUUGUUGACACUGUGAUGUUUGGGGUCAUGUCCGUCACCUGUGAGAGAUGUGACGGGGCUGACCAGAGACUGACGGAGCUGACCAGAGGCUAGUGGAGCUGACCAGAGACUAGUGGAGCUGACCAGAGACUAGCGGAGCUGACCAGAGACUAACAGAGCUGACCAGAGACUAGUGGAGCUGACCAGAGACUAACAGGGCUGACCAGAGACUAACGGAGCUGACCAGGGACUGACGGAGCUGACCAGAGACUAGCGGAGCUGACCAGAGACUAGCGGAGCUGACCAGAGACUAACUGAGCUGACCAGAGACUACCGGAGCUGACCAGAGACUAACGGAGCUGACCAGAGACUAACGGAGCCGACCAGAGACUAACGGAGCCGACCAGAGACUAACGGAGCCGACCAGAGACUAGUGGAGCUGACCAGAGACUAACAGGGCUGACCAGAGACUAACGGAGCUGACCAGAGACUAACGGAGCUGACCAGAGACUAACGGAGCUGACCAGAGACUAACGGAGCUGACCAGAGACUAAAGGAGCUGACCAGAGACUAACGGAGCUGACCAGAGACUAACGGAGCUGACCGACCAGGGGGUUAUUAUGUAGUCUGACCAGUCUCACAAAAGGGAU